AUGCCUCUUUGUGGUUCAUCUUCAUCCUCAAAACAGCCGAUCGAGCGUAAGAUAGUAAUUUUGGGUGACGGUGCAUGUGGUAAGACGUCUCUAUUGAACGUUUUCACGAGGGGAUACUUUCCUAAGGUGUAUGAACCUACCGUGUUUGAAAACUACAUACAUGAUAUUUUCGUGGACAAUCAACACAUAACUCUAAGUUUGUGGGAUACUGCUGGGCAGGAAGAAUUCGACAGAUUGAGAUCCCUUUCUUAUUCCGACACGCAUACCAUUAUGUUAUGUUUCUCCGUGGAUUCCAGGGACUCUUUGGCGAACGUCCAAAAUAAAUGGGUGGGUGAAAUUACAGAUCAUUGUGAAGGAGUGAAACUGGUACUGGUAGCUUUGAAGUGUGAUCUGAGGAGCAACACCGACGAGUAUGCCUUGGACAGCGCGAUAACUCCAGGCAGCAUUCAACAGCAACAGCAACAAGAAGAGCAACAGCAACAACAGCAUUCUCGUGCAAGUGGUGGGCUUAUUACUUACGAUGAAGGACUUGCUAUGGCCAAGAAGAUCGGCGCGCUUCGGUAUCUUGAGUGCAGUGCCAAGAUGAACAGAGGUGUCAACGAAGCAUUCACCGAAGCGGCGCGUUGCGCAUUGAGUGCACAACCGAAAGGCGCAAAGGAAAACGGACCUGCUGAAGAGAAAAGCAGCAACGGGUGUGUCAUUAUGUAA